CGAAACAUUUCUUCUCUCUUCACCACCGUCACCAGCGACAGUCGUACAGUGGCCCAUCGCCGCUGCCAGCAUUGAGUACUAACAAGCUGCAGAGAACAGCCAAUCUGGAGUAUAUAUCUUAUCCAUGUUAUUUGCAGUCAAAAGAUGCACAGAAAUCGUGUCUCCAAUUAUCAAAAACAAUCACCACCAGCGAUGCCUCCUUCCCUCAUCCAUUCCGCAGGCGCCGCCGUAAAUUCCAUCUCUCCAGACGACGAGGACGACAGCGACAUCUGUCCAGUGUGCGAUGGAGAUUGCACCUGCGACAACAAACCGCGCGCCCCGCCUGCGCCGAUCGCAAGCAAUGGACUUGCGCGUCCUGUUGUCGCUUCAUCCUCCACCGCUCACGUUCCCGUAAUGCCGUCGCUAAAAAUCAAAUUCACCGUUCCUGCGAGUAUGCAGAACAGAGCACGUUUACUGACAUCGCAAAACAAGAAAUCUCGCGUGGAUGGAGUACCCACCGCGUCAAUCACUGGAUCGGGAGCUGCGUCUACCCUUGGACAGGCUCAACAUAUCGCUUCGUCAAGCACCGUUGGCCAUGGUCAUUAUUUGUCCCAAGAUUCAACAAAUCACAAGCGCAAAGGACGUCCAUCGAUGGGUACCGUAGAUGCGCGAAACCCGUCCAGGACUGCGGCAGCAGACCGGCAAAUUCGCGGCAACGAGGCCAACACGUUGCCACAAUCACAAUCACAUCUCCCAUCGCAAUCUCUUCGUGCACACAAACAAGCUGCAUUAAAAGGCGCACGCUCCAAUAUCAGGAGUGAUAAACAGCCGAGGACAAAUUUCAAGUCCUCGAGGCCUCCCCAAAAGACCAAGGCCCAAGGCACGAUCCCAAAGAAGGUCUCGGGUUCAAGAAAGAAGCAGGCCCCUUUCAGUGCCGGGGCCGCUUCUGAUCUUGACGAUCAUAGUACUGAUGAUCUAGACGACGACAAUGAUACAGAGUCUGGACAAUUUCCAACUUUUGUUGCUGCUUCAGAUUUAUCGCCGUCGUCGGCAUCAGACUCCUCUGACUCGGGCAGCGAGUCAUCAAGUUUCGAUUCUGAUUCCUCUUUAGAGGCAGAGGAGGAGAAUUAUAUUCUUGCGGAACAGAAACGUCAUGACAAAGCACGCGUUCGUCGCGAGCUUUUAGGCGACGAGUCUCAUCGACGCAAGGAUGCACAUAAUAAUAACUGGGUCAUUCGCCCGCGCAAAAAAAGUGUUGGUCUCAGCGAUGUCGACAUGGAUGGCGAUAGUGAUGAUCUUUCGGAGGAUGAGGACGAGGAUGAAGAAGAAGAAAAGUGUGUUGAGGAGGAAGAUGAGGAGACGGAUGGUCAGGCCCCUAGCGUCAUUUAUACAGGCCUUGCGACUGGCUGGUCGGACGAUGAGGAGUCGAGCUUCGACGCUGACAUCUUUUUUGACAAUCUUUCUGACACCAACACCGAUGACAGCUCGUCAGAAGAUGAACCUGUCGACUCUCAGGCCGAUGUCAUGGCAAGUAGCAUUAGCAGCCUGCAGCGUAGUACGGACCUUGAGAUGACGGAGGGAUGGGAUGGCCAGAUUGUCUUCACGAAUGGCUGUGGUGAUGGUCAAGGCGUUUUGGAUCUUGCCUUUGAGGCCACCGCUGCGCAGCUCUUAGCUUCGGACACCGCAUCCAUUAGCCAGGACAGCGAUGUGGAGAUGGGGUCAGAAGUUGGAAUCGGCGGUGACGAUGAGGAAGUUGACUCUGUAAUUGGUACCAGUGACGGUGAGACCACGGAAGAGGAGCUCGUCGACGCCAGCGGCUUGCCAACGUCGCGCGCCAUGAGGCUCUUCCGCUGGCCCACGAGUGUGUCUUCCAUCAAUCCAUCAUUUACCGUCAGCCCUACAGUCUCACCCGCACCUCACAAUCGCCGAUCGACCACGUCGCACCACCGUGAUUCCCCUCGACCCGCCGACAUUCUCGCCAGAAAGGUCUUCUGUGAUGACUCAGAUCACUCUCAGGCAGACAGCGGCGAAGGAAGCGCGCCCAGUCCCAUUCGGAGAAUGUCUCGAGGCGGUGUUCCCAUCAUGGGACACUUCGAGCAUGCCGGCGAUGUCACACAGAAGACGGCCAUUCUCACUGGGUCGAACAAAGAUGUCCCGUCCCCUUUCCCUCGCCUUGCACAUAGACACAGGCACAUUGAUUCUAGCAGCGGUGGGAGCUUCAGUAGCAUGAUGGACGCCCGCGGUCGUCCAUCCCGACUCACAAUAUUCACCCCGACUUCUGCCUUGCCCCCUCCCUCGUCAUCUGACGAGCCCUCAUCACAAACUACCCCUGAGCCCUCACUCACGGAGCCUAUUGAACUCGACGAUGUGUUGGACUCGUCCUAUCUCAACUCUGAACCGGAGACGUCACUAUGGAACGGUUCAGCGAGCGAAGGCGAACUCCACCGUCAUUUGCAGAGCCUCAGUCGCUGGGACCGAGUUCCUGUCGGCACUUUUCGUUUUACUCGCGAGUCGGCUGCAUCCUCUAAUGACAUCCCUUCGUCCCCCGGCUGGGCAUCCGAAACUCCAAAGACAUCCACAUCUGACGUACUGUCGUACAGUAAUGUCAUGAAAAGUAGUCCUCUCAGUACCAUGCUCUGGCACGACAAGGGACCGCCCCCAAAAGCGACUCCCGGCAAAAACCGUGCGGUUGACAUAUCUCCUGUACUUCUUCCCGUCCGCGACGGUGACCGCACCCCUACCCACGUGCCACAUAACCACGAUCAACCUUCCCAUAAUCAACAGCCUCCUCACAAAACUCGCAAAGAGUCUCGCCGCGAGAUGAAGAUGUUGAAACGCAAAACUAACGGGCCCGUCCAUCAUCAUCAUUAUCACCAUCAGUAUCAUCAUCACAACCACCAUCCUAACAUGAAGUCGCGAAGCACCGGGUCCGUGCAACGCACCAACUUUUUUAGCUCCCCUUCUUCUGUCCCACCCCUCAAUAUAUGAACAUUCGCUUCAAAAUUGUCAAUUGCUUAUCCCGCAGUGUUUCAAGCGCCGACUCACGGUUUCUUUGUUGUAAUCUUUGUGCCACCACCUUGUUAUGAUUAGGUCAUUUGUUGGGGUAACUGUCCUUCGCUCGUGCAUCAUCUAUAUCGCCCAUGUCGUUGCACUACAUAUCGGAUCAUGA